AUGCUGGUGCACACUUACUCCGCCAUGGAGCGCCCCGACGGGCUGGGCGCAGCGGCUAGCGGGGCCCGCCUGUCGUCGCUGCCCCAGGCGGCCUACGGGCCGGCGCCGCAGCUCUGCCACACGCCGACCGCCGCCGCCGCUGACUUCCAGCCGCCCUACUUCCCGCCGCCCUACCCGCAGCCGCCACUGCCCUACGGCCAGGCGUCCGACGCCGCCUCCGCCUUUCCCCACCUGGCCGGGGACCCGUACGGUGGCCUGGCGUCCCUGGUACAGCCGCAGCCUCCGCAGGCUGCCUGGGCCGCGCCCCGCGCCGCCGCCCGCGCCCACGACGAGCCGCCCGGCCUGCUGGCGCCGCCCGCCCGCGCCCUGGGCCUCGACCCGCGCUGCGACUACACCGCCGCUGUGCCGCGGCUUCUGCACGGCCUGGCAGACGGCGCGCACAGCCUGGCAGACGCGCCCCUCGGCCUUCCCGGACUGGCGGUGCCGCCGGGCCUGGAGGACCUGCAGGCCAUGGACGAGCCGGGAAUGAGCCUUCUGGAUCAGUCCGUGAUCAAGAAAGUCCCCAUCCCCUCCAAAGCCAGCAGCCUUUCGGCCCUCUCACUGGCCAAAGACAGCUUGGUUGGCGGCAUCACGAACCCCAGUGAGGUCUUCUGCUCCGUGCCAGGCCGGCUCUCUCUGCUCAGCUCGACGUCCAAGUACAAGGUGACAGUGGGGGAGGUCCAGCGGCGACUCUCACCUCCCGAGUGCCUCAAUGCCUCUCUCCUGGGUGGUGUCCUUCGCAGGGCCAAGUCCAAGAAUGGGGGCCGGUGCCUGCGGGAACGGCUGGAGAAGAUUGGGCUCAAUUUGCCAGCUGGUCGUCGCAAGGCCGCCAAUGUGACGCUGCUGACUUCACUAGUAGAGGGAGAGGCUGUACACCUGGCCCGAGAUUUUGGCUACGUCUGUGAGACCGAGUUCCCAGCCAAGGCAGCUGCCGAGUACCUGUGCCGCCAGCAUGCCGACCCUGGGGAACUGCACAGCCGCAAGAGCAUGCUGCUGGCCGCCAAGCAGAUCUGCAAGGAGUUUGCAGACUUGAUGGCGCAGGACCGUUCACCGCUGGGGAACACCCGCCCAGCACUCAUCCUGGAGCCCGGAGUGCAGAGCUGCCUGACACACUUUAGCCUCAUCACCCACGGCUUCGGCGGGCCUGCCAUCUGUGCUGCCCUCACUGCCUUCCAGAACUACUUGCUGGAGUCACUCAAGGGGCUGGACAAGAUGUUUCUAAGCAGUGCAGGCAGUGGGCAUGGUGACACCAAGGCUUCGGAGAAGGGUGCCAAACUUCGGAAGUAA